AUGCCAGACUUCCUUUCGCGGGCGGACGAAGAAUUGAUGGUAGUCGACAACCUGCGUAUGUUACCACUAGUCAUUCAUGAGGCGCUCUGCUUGCAUUUUGGACCGUGCCCCGGAACUGGACGCACACGAAAGCUCACUGAUUUCCUGAAGACCUUGCUCGUGGACAACACGUCGCCUGUCCCGCAAGACAAAGAAGAAAUACUGAUCAAAGGUGCCCUUGCACAAGAUCAGCUCGAUCUAUGCAAUACUAGCAAUUUCGCAAAGCAGAAAGACGCUGCAGCAAAGCCCACCCGACCUGUGCAGCCUGCCUCUUUCUUCCGCUUUAGGUACCGGACCAUUGCUUCUACUGAUGCUCUGCAAGAGAGGCAAAAGCUGCUUAAGGCCCACUUCAUCGUUGACGAGGUGUUCGCGACACAUCACACCAAGGCUCAGAAGGAUCCAGAAUUGGAGAAUCCACAAUUCAUAGGCUGUCUCGAUGCCUUGGGAACGUGUACAGAACCGAGUCGUCGUGCCAAGCUCAAUUCCAAUGGCGGACGAAGUCCGGGAGCUACAUCUCAUCACCGUCCUCACCAACACGAAUGGCUGUCGCGAUCGACUCAGACUCAUUUGACUCGCCCUUUAUGGGGCAUGGCUCAAGUCCGAGCCUGUUGGAACCGAUAUAAUGCUGAUUGGGAGAGACUGCUCACCGCAUCAGGAUCCUCCUUAUAUGAUUCAGGAACGGUUACUCAAACAACACCAGUGCCAGUUGGAGAGCUUGGACCCGCCGCUUUCUCGGGCUGUGUCGCUCGUCAGCUCAAGUGGCAUAUGGAUUCUCGAAGAACAGCUGGCGACAUUAGCGUUCAUCGAUUACUCGCAUGCCCUAUAGACCGCUCGGUUGGUAAUGGGUAUCCUUUUAGGGAUGGUGCGGAUGCUGCUGCUCUGGCGAUCGUUGCACAAGCAUCACAGCAGGCCUUAGAGCAGGAUGGCGUAGGAGAACUUGUUGUUGGACACAGUAGCAAUCAAGCCGUCACUAUGCAAGUGUAUAGCCAAGCCAUGCCUGCACGGGCUUUGAUUAAAUGGCGCAAUGAAUGCCUCGCCCUCAAGCACGCAGUCCAGGCUCAGAAAGUGGAACGCGAGCGACUUCAAGCUACAGUGCACGACUUUGUGAGGCGAUUCGAGCCGCGCGAGAAAGUCAGGGAUAGGGGAGUGAAAGCUCUGCAAGAGCACUUUUGGUCGUGGUUUCAUGCUGCUGCAUUAGUCUUUGUCGACAACAGGCCUAACAGAGUGACUGUGAGUAUCGCACAGUCCGCAGGCUACUGGUAG